GUCAAUGUCAAUACUAUAGAAGUUGCUCGAUAGUCGACAUGAACUAUGGUGUUCAAACUUAGUCAAAGUCAAAUUAAAACUUUGGCCUUGGUGUGAUUUUAGAAUUAGCUGUAGUAUAGCAUAGUUAUCAGUGGAAGCGUUUUGUACUUUCAUGAAUUUUAUUUAUAGGUGGCUAUAUUGGCAUUCUACCAGGAAAUUUCGCUGCUAAGCGACAUUUCCUUAUUCCUCUUCUUUGGGUUAUGGAAUUAUGAACUUAUAUAAGUGUAAUUUCUUGCUCUACUGUCUAAAUAAAUAUGGGGGCAUACAGCAAAUUUAUCAAUGCUUUCAAGAAAUAUCCCCUUUUAAGGGGAAUGGCAUCUUAUAGUAUUAUCUGGCCAGGUUCUAGUUUGAUACAACAAACCUUUGAAGGAAAGUCUAUUGAUAACUAUGAUUGGUGGAGAUGUGCUAGGUAUGGUCUCUAUGGCUCUUGUUAUGUCGCCCCUACAUUGUAUAGUUGGCUGACAAUUGCUAACAUAAUGUGGCCAGGAAGUUCUAUAAGAGCAGGUAUCAUUAAGACAUUUGUGGAAACAAUAACAUAUACACCAUUUGCAAUGUGCAGCUUUUAUUUUGGUAUGAGCUUACUUGAAUCAAAGCCCUUCAAUGAAGCUAUUGCUGAAGUUGAAGCCAAGUUUCUGCCUACUUAUAAGGUAGGUGCCUCUGUGUGGCCAGCUAUUGCUAUGAUUAAUUUCUGCCUCAUUCCUCCAAGAAAUAGAGUGCCUUUUAUUAGUCUGUGUAGUCUUGUAUGGACAUGCUUCCUUGCAUAUAUGAAACACUUAGAAAAAGAGAAAGUUGCUGCAACAGCAAGUGCAAGUCCCAUAAAAUUAUUAAAAGUUAAUUUAUGAGAGCAUGACAACUUAGCAAAUUUUUAGCUGAAUUGAAUGUUACUUUAUGUAACAUGUUUAGAUUGUGCUAUUAUUUAUUUUAGGUCAAUUGUUAAUAAUUCCAUCUCAAAUAUGUGUGAUAUUUAAAUAAUUUAUAGUUACUAUUACAAUGAUCUUGAUUAUUAUUUAUUUCUGUGUUAAUAUUUAUAUGAACAGUAUUUACAAAAAAGUAGGAUAUUAAUAAAUGAAUACAUAUUAUAUUGAAUGUUGGAAUAAUUGGGCUUAUUUAUCAUUUUAUGUAGAUUUUAUAGUUAAGAAGUAAUUGGCAAAAUGGUAACAAAAAAAAUCAAUCAAUGAUAACCCAAUUAUUCUAAUAAUUAUAUCUAUCUACAUAUAUUUUAAAUGUAGUAUUCGUUUCUACAUAUUUUCAUUCAAUGAAAUCAUGUAAGAGACCAAAACAGGGUGAUAAUAAUACAUUUCAAAUACAAGGUUCCAACAUGAAUGUUAUAUAGAUUAAGUAAUAAAAAUUGACAAUAUACUGAA